AUUCUGCUAAUCAUUAACAGAUACAUAGGUAUUAUAAUCGGGAAAAUUUUAAACAUUAUUUAUUUAAUUGAUUUAAGUGAAUUGUGUUUAUUUUUCAAUUGAACCUGAGCACCAGAUACUUGAAUCACGAUGAUUGGAGAGAGAGCAGAGAGAGAUCACUGGAUGUGGCUAAAAAAAGUCGACUUAAAUGGUUAUACUCUUAUAGUUCCAAGUGUUGCUGUUGGAAAUGUGGGACAGCUCGCGUGCGAUAUAUUAAUUUCUUCCUUGGGAAUGGACAAAAUUGUAAGAAUAUAUACACCGGCACAGUUUCCAGUUAUUGGGUGCAAUCCUUACGAUAUCAAUUCUACAGUCUUAUCGACUUCAUGUGAAGUGUAUAGAGCAUCAUCACCUAAAUUAAUUGUUUUACAAAUGAAGGCGCCUCUGGUAUUCAAAUAUGCACAAGGGUUUCUGGAAAAUAUAGUAAAACAGUUCCUUAGAAAAAAUAUAAAAGACAUGAUAAUAUUGACAAGCAGCUACGCUCAUGAAAGAAGGUAUAUAAUGACAUCGCCUUUUAGAUACAUCGUUUAUCCUUACACACACUAUAAAACACAAAUUGUGAAGAAUAAUAUGAUUGACCAUGACCAUCAAAUAGAAAAUGAAAUAAGAAUAUUUGGUGGAGGAUUUGCACCAAUGCUUUUCAGUAUUUGCAAAGAAAAGUCUCUGCCUUGUUUUUUGUUAUAUAAAUAUUGUUCAGAAGGAGACAACAUUCCUGAUGCUAUAGAAAUGGUCAAAAAACUUCAUGAGCUCAUUGAAAUUUUUGAUAAAGAUAAAGAUAUUUCAGAACAGAUGAUUCAACCAGAAUCUUGGAAGCAUUUAUUCGGCAGGCCACCUCCGCAAGAUAUUUAUUAAUUUCCAUUUAAAUAUUAGAAAUAUUUUAGAACUUCUCUGAUUAUAGAAGACAAAAUUAAAAUGGCCAUUUCCUUAUUACAUUUAAUCAGUUCUAUAACAGUAAGAAACAAAAAUUACUAUUUAAGUGUAUUAUGUAUACAAUGAUAAUAUCUAUUCAAUAAAUUAUUCAGAUGG